AUGGCAACCAAUUCUGAUAAAAGUCAAGAAAUUUCCAGUGAAUGGCUGAUCAGACCAUGUGAAGAAUAUAGUGAUGAAUUAAGUUAUUGUCGCAGUUGGCGUGGUCGAUUGCAUCAACGAUAUAUGUUAGGUCAGCGAAAAGAUUGUGCACCAAUAGCUGAAGCAUUACAUAGUUGUAUGUUUUGGUUACAAAGACAAGAUGCUCAAGAAUUAAAAAAAUUAAUAGUCUAUGAAGAAGAGCGUCAUAUUCGACGCAAACUAUCAUCAGAAAAUAAUGAUGUAUGGCAGUUGAGAACUCGGCCACCAAGUGAUUGGAAUGCGCCAUUGCCUGAUUGGGCUCGUCAACGAGCAGAAUCAAUUGGAAAACAGAAACGAAAAGACACAGCAUAA